ACAGCGUCAUGAAAUUUGAGGAAAAGAAGGCUGAUGACUGAUUUCCUCAAAACUUUAUUGUAAUUCACAUUGCUUUAGCAGUUAACGUCUUGGUAUGUGCAUACAAUUUAUGUUAUUGAAAUGCUUAAUGUUUUCUCCAGAUAAAUAACUAGAUUUUAAAGGAAAUUACUGAUUUUAAACCGUUUUCAGAUCUCUAAGAUCAUUCAAGAACAGCAAAGAAAAAACAAAAUGGCGCAUGAAGUCCUGUAAGCAUAAAAUAUAAUAUUUGCACACAAACGGAGACCUAUACUAUGCUGUCAGUUACAUAAAAAGCAUUUUUAUAAAAUAAUCCGCUUUAUAAAAAUGAGUAAAGGGGCUUUAUUAACUGCAUGCGCCAAUGUAGUAAUUUCAAAUCAGGAGAAUUAAAAAAAUAAAUGGGCUAUUUUUUUUUUUAAAUUUAGACCAACUCAACUAUAAGGCGUCUAAACUGAACUGUGGUACACUCUGACUAAUUAAUAGAGUGAAUUAUGAACAGUCAUAUCAUGUCAAUAGGCCUACACAUUUACCAAGAGACAUUAUUUUAUCUCCAUCUUAAUUGUUUAAGCUUAAAGUCUCCUUAAAGUUAAAAGCUGAUAUAAUGUAGGCCUAGGCCUAAGUAACAGUAAUGAUAAUGAAGAUUAAUUUCACUUUCUGCAUUAAUUUUAAUUUCAACAAAAUACCCAAAAUUAUACAUCACCACAUAAGUAUAAGUCAAUAUAGUCAAGUGUAGUAUAGUUACAGUAUGCUGGCUAUGAUUUAAGCUUGGGUUAGUCUAGUGUAGGCACUGUAGGGGUGGCCAAUCUUUUCUGCAAGGGGGCUGAAUUUCAGACAUAUUUCCUGUCGGGCCACACACCUAAUUUUUUGUUCUUAAUUAAAAUAAAAAAGCAAGCGUCCUACAGUUUUGACCACAUUGUCGCUUCGCAUUAGGGGAGAUUGUGGUCAAACGCUUGCCUGGUUUUUUGUAAAAAAAAAAAAAAAACAACAAAAAAAAAGAAGGACAAAAUUAAUUUUUUUUAAAAAAAAAAAAAAAAAAAAAAAAAAUAAUUUUUUGUUAUUAAUUAAAAAAAAAAAGCAAGCGUCCUAAAUUUUUGACCACAUUGUCGCUUCGCAUUAGGGGAGAUUGUGGUCAAACGCUUGCCUGGUUUUUUGUAAAAAAAAAAAAAAAAAAAGCAACAAGAAAUAGGUAGGCCUAUAUUUAUUUUUUUUGAAGAAAAUAAAACAUAGCUGAGAAUCAAACAUAUUUAUUAGACAAUUUAAAAAUCUUUAAAAUUGAGACAUCUGACAUUGAUUGUUUUGCAGAACUAAUAAUAAUAAUAAUAAAGUUUAUUUUUAAAAAUCACGCUUCAUCCCCAAAGGCUCAAAGCGUGGUACAAAGUCAACCAUAUUAAAAGAGAAAUGAAACAAUCUAUAUAUUACCCGGUAUCACAUUAAAUCACAAAAAGCAACAUUACAAAAACUUCAAACGAGUAUACCCAUUCAGAGUCUUUCAUUCCUUUCAACUAUAAAUGACACAAGCCAAUAUACAUCUAGGAGAUAAUAGCUAGCUGGAAAAGAUGGUAGACAACAUCACCCCAGCAGAAUUUUGCGAAAUAGAUGUGUUUUCAAAUUGGUUUUGAAGGAUUCCAGUGUCUGGCUGUUUCUGUGAGCGACAGGAAGGCUGUUCCAAAUUGUUGGGCCAGCACAUGCGAAAGUGCGCCUUCCGUAAGUCUCAGGGUGAACACGUGGUAUCGAGAGUUUGCCACUAUCCGAUGAGCGGAGUUGUCUAGUGGGUACAUAAGGCGCCAUGAGCGCUUUGAGAUAGGACGACGCCAGGUCAUGCAAGCAGCGGUGGCACAGAGUUGUAAUUUUGCACUCUAUGCGAGCACGGACUGGCAGCCAAUGCAGCUCUCUCAGACGUGUUAUAGCAUGGUCGAAUUUGCAUUACGAAGAACAAUGCGAUCUGCAUUAUUCUGUGCUUUUUGCAUUUUAUCCAGGAGCGUAACUGGAAGACCCACCAUAAGAGCAUUGCAGUAGUCCAUGCGUGAUAGCAGGAAUGCAGACAUCAGCCUCUUUGAUGCAUCAAACUUCAGAAAGGUCUGAUAUGACUAAUUCUGCGCAGCUCUAGAAAAAUCGCCUUGCAAAGCAUGUUAAUGGGAUUUUCCAUAGUUAGUGUUCUAAGAAACACCAACGUUUCGGACUGUUUGAGCAAACUCAAACUGCACACCUGAGAGAGUAAGGGAUUGUGUGUUAUUUACAGAUUUUAGCUUUUGAGCAGUAGCAAAGGGGAUCAGCUCAGUCUUUUCAUCGUUCAAUUUGAGCUUGUUCAUUGUCAUCCAGUGCUUAACUGACUCCACUGUCUUCUGCGUCAUACUAAGAAGCUGAGGGAACUGAGAGGGGAUCACGGAUUGCUGAAGUUGGGUAUCAAACAUGUGAUAUAGCAUGUCAAACUGCUUGAUCACUGCACCGAGGGGUUGAACAUACAUAGUGAAAAGCACCGGGCCUAGGACCCAGCCCUGGGGUACUCUGAAUUCGAUAAUAUAUUGCCUCGAGAUCAGGCCAUUUGCACAAGACGACAGAAGGUCAUUUACGACGCGCAACAAUGCUGUCCCUGUAGCGUGAUGCGUCCUGUAUGCUGACUGAAAAGGCUCAAACAAGUCACACACAGAGUGAGGUGAUCGAGAAGCUGGCGGAACGACUUUUUCUAAAAUUUUGGAUACAAAUGGUAGAUUAGAGACGGGGCGAUAAUUUUCCAACACAUUUGGUUUGAGAUUUGCCUUCUUUAGCAGUGGAGUUACAACCGCCUUUUUAAAAGUGGAUGGAACAAUACCAGUUUUCAAAGACUGAUUUAUGAUACUAGUUAUGAUAGGGACUAUUUCGUUCAAACAUUCGUACAACAGCCCUGCCGGAAGAGGAUCGAGCAAACAUGACUUUCUUGGGGAGUCAACCAGAAUUUUCUUCACAUGCGAUUCAGUGACCUCCAAAAAUUCACUCUACUAAAAUCUAAGGGAAUAAAAAUUGAUAUCGACAGAUGUUGUCACUACACGCAAACAAAUUUCCAAAUGAACAUCAAUAAUUUGUGUUCUCACUUGUGAUUUGAUGUGCUUUAUAAAAAUAAAAAGCUGUUCACACGGAUAAGUGUUUCCAAAUAGUGAAACCAUUGACAGAGCAUGUUUUUGUAAAACGCAGGAUAUUUAUCCUUGUCCAAAUAGGUUUUAUAGAACUCUUCCAAACCAACUUGAUGGAAUUUCUCCUUUAACUGUGUAUCCCAACACAUUUCACAAUGUUCCAUUUGUAAUCUUCCCGGUAAUAAAUUGAUAUCUACCACGAAUGGUGUUCCAUUUGCACAAAAAAGCACAUGGUGUUUUUUUUUUAAAUCCUGAAAUCGGUUUUCAAAUUCGAGGUUUAAGUCAGAUAUCAAAGAAGCGUAUUUAUCCGCCACCUCUUUGUCUUCAAACUCUGGGAUACUCAUUGACAUGCUUACAAAGAAUGAUUGUGUUUCUUGCUGCUAAUCUAACCCUCUUUUUCAACAUUUUGGCCUGGCUGAGCCAUCUUAAUUCUGCAUAAAAUUUAACAUCAUUAUAAUCUCAGACCAAAGACUUAAAAUUCUGGGAACUGACGUUGAUUCAACCUGUUUGAAUUAGAUCACAAUGUUGACGACCACUUUCAUGAUAUUGUCCAUUUCGCGGGACUUCGAACAUAAAUUCUCCUGGUGAAUAAUGCAAUGAAAAUGUAGCAUUGAUGUAUUACCGACUUUGGAGGUCUCAUUUUUCUAUCAAUUUGACUAAACCUUCGUGUUUCCCAAACAUUGCUAGGGCACCAUCCGUUGCUAAGCCCAAUAAUUUAAGUUGUAACGAAAAGCAACUCAAUGUCCAUGUAACGGCCUCUAACAAAUCUUGUGACUUAGUAGUGUCCUUAAAUGGAUACAGUGGCGCUAAUUCUUCGGUCUUUUUAAAUGGGGAUCGGCACCUCUGAUAAAAGUUGCCAGUUGGGUAGUAUCUGCCAUAUCUGUCCUUUCAUUCAAUGCUAGAGCAUAAAAUAUAAACUCGGAUGCUUAGACUUUUCAAAUUAUCUUCCAUAUGUUUUCCAAUGUCGUCCACACACUCAGUAAUAGUCUGAGGAGACUUGACUUAUGUUUUAGAAACCCUCCUUUACUGAACACAGAAUUUCAACAACGCUCUCCAGACAUUCCUUAAUAGACACUUCACCAGACCUGUUUACUCUUACGAUUUUGGCGUACAAUGUACGAUUUUGAGGUGUAUACAUUAUAUAUACUGUAUGUGUAUUUUACUGUAAGAUAAUGAAUUGAAAGAUUUUGUGAAUAUAUUUUACGAUUUUAAAAGUUUGAGGGUAAACAGGUGUGCUUCACCAUCUGAAUAUAGCUUCGAUUUUUUUGCUAGUAUCAUGGCUACUGCAUAACUAGCUUUUACAUAGCAUGUUGACUCUGUACCUCUCUAGUAAACAAAUUUUUUUGUUGUGAUUUUUUUGUUUUUUUUAAAAGUCAUUUCUUUGGUCUUGUCGAAAUUGCCUUUUGUACUUAUCAAACUUAUUUGCAUGUAUAGACUCGUAUUUCCGUUUGAUGUUAUACUCUUUCAAAACAGAAAUAGAUUUGUUGCAUAUGAAGCAUAUGGGCUUUGUUUUAAGUUCCACGAAAAAAAAUAGGUUAUAGUUCACCUGUCUUGAAAACUUCUUAAUUUUUAAAAUAGCUCAAAACCAAUGAAUUUUUUUUUUUAAUGGGAGAUAAUUCAAAUUUCUCUUUGCUAUAAUUUAAAAAUAUUUGCAACAAACGACUCAUGAUGUAAUGUUCUUUUGCUGAUAUGUACAGUAAAGUUGACAUUUAUGAUAAUUUGACCUAGCUCCGCAGGCUACAUUUUAUUGGUGAUAAUAUUUGUUACAAAUUUAUUUAUUUUUAAAUGCGCACCAAAUCUGAACUUGUCAGACUGUUACAAUAUGGUCUGUGUAGCUGGUAUCCUAUUCUGCUUCAAUCAUCAGAAAGUAUAUCCAUUUUUGAUCAGAAUGCUUUUAUAUUUUAAAAAUAUUCCACUUAGUGACCAAGUUACACACAUUUUUGUAACGUUAAUGUCAACCAAAGAAAACAAUUUCUUUGCAUAUGUAAUAUACACAAAUGUCAACACAUUAUUUACAAAAUAUUUUACUUUGGUUAAAAUUUCUUUCUGUGUGGUCCUUUCUGAAGCACUCAUUAACACACAGAUGAGGCUUUCUUGUGCAUCUGAUGGACACAUAGCAGCAGUGUUUCGUUAUUUUGUGCACUGAACAGUACGUACACUGUCAAUCAUGCCCGUCUAAGUCAACCAAGUGCUUAUUUUCACUGAGACGCUCGUCUGCUUUAAUAGGGUGGGCAAUAGGGGAAUAAGUGUUUCAAGGUUCUGGGCUUUAGAAACUAUUCUUCCUGCAUCUAUUCUGUCUAAUUUCCGACUUCUCUUUGCAGGAACAGGAUUAGUAUUAUCUGAAUCCUCACUGUCGCCAUAGAAAAAAAGUGGUUUGGAAAAAUUCAUAACAUUUGAACCACUUGAGCUAGAAAGUUGAUCUUGGUUUUUUAUAAUCCAUUCUCUAGGCUCUAUACAGCUGUGGUAUUUUUAGAAUUAUUUUGAAUUUUUUAUCAAAGUGCCAACUGUCUAUCAUCAUUUUAUUUCCAUUUGGCAUUUACCGACCCAUUACAAAGCUGAAAAUCAUCACACUGGAAUCAGAUUCAAAUGAUUCAUGGUUAUUGUCCAAAUGUUUCAGCAUCAAUAAUUGGCAAUAAAAGCUCUGUUUGCAAAUUUGAAGGCAUACAUGAUCUAGCAACAGCUGAAGUGCUUGGAGUAGGUGUGGCCAUUAUUUUGUUUACAAGAGUGACAACACAAGUUUAACUCAUUCCCUCCGGCAGUACUACUUCCGUACUUAAUUUAUUUUCCUGAGAAAAGGGAAGCAACUCAGUUUUGAAAUUGAUUUACAUUUUUAAAAUAUUUUUUAAGCUGUUAAAUAAUAAUAAAUGUUAAUGAAAUAAGGACGAAUGCAUAAAAAAUGAAAAAGGUUUAAUAAAAAUAUAACGUUAGCGGCGAAAAAAUAAUGAACAAUGGCCCCGGACAAACACAUGCUACAUAUAGAUGUGUUGUUCUAAAGCACACAUAGUUUUUAAGUGAAACAAGAUAAAAACUGCCGGUUUUUAAAUUAAAAUCAAGCAGAAAUCAUGCCAUAGCAGAAGUCUGGAGGGACGCGAGAUUUCAUUGCCAUUUUCAACUAAAAAAUAAGAGAGGUGUGUCGCUGGGGUGCAUUUGGACGCAUCAGGAGAAACCCCCAAACGAUGCAUUUAGUUGCAACCGUCGGGAAUAAGUUUUUAAAAAAAAGGUCGCAAUUAUUGGAAAAACAAUUGUAAACUAAACAUCUUUCUAACAGGAAGGAAGUAGGAAGAGUUAUCGCUUGAGAACAUAAAAAGUAGGAUUGAUAGCCAUAGGCAAUGAAAUAAAGUAUCUAAAUUAAAUCGACUGUAUUAGUAUAUUAUUACUAUAUCUUCGAUUGUCACAAAUGCAACCAGUCAAAUUACUGAUAUAUCGUGGAUUGGCACGGAAAGAGUAAAUGCAAGUUUUUGUUUUCUUAUUUUCUACUUUUGAGAGUGGGGGAGGGGUCUCCCAGCAAAUCGUUCAUGUCUUAUUUGGUAUUUAAAGUGGGGUGGGGUUUACUUAAGUACCGUUAUUUUAAAAAAAUUGCUGUUUCUGGUUUAGCUGUAAGUCCGGCAGUAUUUUAUGCAAGUUGUUGUUUUCUUAUUUUCUAUUUUAGAGGGUGGGGGGGGGUGUGUGGAUGUGUCUGUGUGUUCUGAAGUGUGGUCUCCCCUCCCCAAAAGAUCACUUUGUUUCCUAUUUUGGUAUUGAAAAUUGGAAGGAAAAUUUUGAUGAAAUGACCCAUGCAAUGAUAGAAAUCAUUAGGUACUUAUCAGAUUUGGAAAACCUGACUUAAGCAUUAUAGAGUUACAGUGACAAUUUACAUAUUUCAAUAAUUCAUCUAGUUUGAGUCCAGGGCUGCCAAUCGAUAAACAUCACAUUACUAAAAUAGUUUAUUUGUUUUUUUGUUUUUUUUUUCAGAUUUAUUGAGGACAGUCCUGGGCCUCUAUACAGUCAAUUAGUUCUUAUUGAAGACCUACUACAAUUAAAAGGCCAUCAACAUUUCUGAUAAUUUUAGGAGAAAGUUCUUUUCUUCAUUUGGAGUUAAAAGAAUUCAUAAUUAGUUCCGAAAUGGAAUUUAAUUUACCUCCUCCUCAGUUAGAUAAAAGUGGAGUAGUAUUUAAACAGUGGAAUAACUUUCUUCAAAGGUUUCACUAUCAUAGAAACACUUAUCAAGACUCUUGUUUAGAAUCAGCAUCUAUCUUGCUGUUUGCUGCUCGUCUUCAGAAGAGCACAAUCUAUGAAUCAAUGAAAAUUAUAGACAUCGAUCUACCAAAGUUAAAUAAGAUUCUGGAUGUCAUUGAACAAAUUUGUCUACCCCAAUUUAUCCUCCUGUUUGAGAGAUUUCGAUAUUUUACUUUAGAGCAAGAUGCUUCAGAGACAUUGAAUGACUUUAUCCAUGUACUAAGAAAACAAGUUGAACUUUGUGAAUUUGAUGAUCUUAAACUCAAAGAUAGUAUCAUGACCAGCGCUUUAGUCAAUGGUGUCAUUGAUGAAAAUUUCAAACAAAAUCUACAAAAUUCAGGUGGCUUGUGCUUCGAUGACGCAGUAACCAUGUGCAGUGGUGCAGCUUCGAACAAAGCCAUGUCACUGGGUGAUCUUAAUUCACUGGUGUCAAGGACAAGAAAAGUUCAAAGACAAAGAAAAGCCACUCAACCCCAUUUUAAAAAAAACAUGUACAUGAUGCCUGUCUAUGACAGCAUGAACGAAGAUGCAGAUGCCGAUGACCACAUUGUGGAGACAGUUUUUGAAGGCGUGAAAAAGAGUAGAGUCAAAAAGAAAACUUCAAGCACACCUAAGAACAUACCAAAGCAGUUCUUAUGUUUUAAUUGUGAUAAUGAAUACGCUACAAGGAAGUCAUUUAGGCGUCAUAUUGCUAACAAGCAUGGAGAACACAAAUCAUUUUAUUGUAAGCAUUGUAAGAUCACUUUUAACACAAGAACUGAGUGUAUAACCCAUUGCAAAGGACACUCUACUACCCCUUCUACUGUUGGACUGCCAGGCACAUGGAAGAAAACUGAUGGAACUGAUUAUGUUUGUUGGUAUUGUGAUGAAACAUUCCCUAACCUUCCAGAGUACAAGGUCCAUUGUGCCACCCAUUUAGCAGUUAGAGUAUUCCACUGUGAUCUCUGUCAAAAGAAAAAUCAUAACAUAACUCGAAUGAUUGGCCACUUGAAGGGUCAUCUGGUACCAAGACAUAAAUGCGAAAUAUGCGGUAAUUGCUUUGGAAGGGGAGAGUUGUUGGCUGCUCACCUUCAAACCCAUAUUGAGAAACCAGUACACCAAUGUCAGGUAUGUGGGAAAAGCUUUGUAAGUGCAGAUCGUCUUACUUGCCACAUGAGAUGCCAUUCAGGAGAGAAAAGAUUUACAUGCGAGCUCUGUGGUAAGUCAUUUUCACAGAAAAUGAGCUUUGACUAUCACAAACGUUGGCAUGCUGGUGAGAAGCCAUAUGAAUGUGACAUUUGUGGAAGGCGAACCAUUUCCUUCGGGGAUCUUAGAAAACACAAAAGAAUGCACAGCGAUAGGCGUCCUUAUGUGUGUGAAGUCUGUGGGAAAAGUUUUAGGUUUAUAUCAAAUCUCAACAGGCAUCGCCAAGGGCACAGUGGCAAGAGAUCCCACGUGUGCAGCGUAUGUGGAAGAACUUUUAUUUAUGGUGAGGGUCUUCGAGACCACAUCAAGGCAGGGAGAUGCCCUGGCAGCAAGAAAGAAGGUGGAGCAAAACCCUCUAGGGCUCCAAGGGUCAGAGGACCUUCAGUGCCAAACUCCCAAGUGAUGCCCAUGAUGGAAAAUGUAAAUCCUCCAACUUUUACAAAUCCACACCAGCCACCUGAAAAUCUUCAGAGUGACUUUGCACCUUGGCAGUAUAUGAUUAGGAAUCAAGAAGCUGAGGGUCCAAGCAGCUUUGUAUUGGUUCCCCCUUUUUAUUAAUAUUGCCUAAAAUUGUUUUACUUCUGCUUAUUACAUUUAAAAAAAAGAAAUUAUCUACCUUUUUUGCAAUAUAUUGUUUCAUGCAAAUGUCAAAUAUAUUUUCAUUAAGUUUUAAAGUAUAAGUUGGUCAGUUUCCUAGUAUUUAACACUAGCUAGUUUUACAAGUGAAGAUAUUUUCAAAUUUGGCUCUGUACUUCUAAAACAUGGGAUCUUAACCUUUUUUUUGUCCCAUAGCCCGGUUUGCAGCUCAUAGAUCCCAAUAACUAUAUUUGGACCACAGGUUAAACAUAUCUGUUCCAAAUAGACAUGAUUUCUAUUAAAUCAGGGUUUCCUAACCAGGGGCAUUAGCUGGUAUUUCAAAGAAAAGUCAAUUAAAUAACAGAGGAACCACUGAAUUUUAAGUUAGGAAAUGAAAACUUUUAUAUAUUGGUAAAAUUUAUGAUGAUUCACUUACAAAAAAUACAGACAUAUUGAUACUUUUUUGUAAGGGUCAAAUACUUUGUUGAACAUUUUGUUGGGGGUGGGAGACUUAAUCAACAAUUUUUAGGGGGUGCCUAUUAAAGAAAAGGUUGGGAAACUACGAUUUUUAAUAAUAUUUAAUUUACCAGAAUUAAAUAUGGUUUUAAUUUUAGCAUGUGUAAUCCUGUGAUAAAAGUGUCAUUGAUAUCAAGCUCAGGAAAAAUUUAAACAUGGCCAAACACAUUUAAAAAAAAAAUGAUCAUCUAUUGUUGGUAAGAAACUAGGUAAGAGAAAUUCUAAAUUAUUUGCCAGAAAAUAAGAUUUUUUUAUAUAGUCAAUGAGUUGCCUUAUAACUAUUGCUAUUAACAAAUGUACAUAGUGGCCAUGCAAAACUUUUUCCUUCUACAGCUUUUAUAUUGCAUCUUAGUCACAAAGAUAUUGUCUGAGAGAUGUACCUUACAUUGGGAUUGAAAGUUAUGAAACAAAUUAUAUAAAGGUAUUAUCUCCCAGGCUAGAUCUUAUUAAAACUUCUAUACUAUUGUAAAGUGAUCAAUAACUUUGAUGUGUAUACAAAUAUAGUUUUUAACUUUUCUUAGCCCUGAUAGGUUUUCUUUUUCUCCUAAAAUUGUAUAUAGGCCUUGUGCCUUUAUUUCCUUUGUUUUAACUCAUGAACAUACCAAUAAUGUAAAAAAAAAAAGAAGUGCUUAUUAAUAUUAUGUUGGGUGUAAUUAACAUUCAGUUCAAUGAAAUGAUUGUAUAGUAUAACACUAAAAGAUUUCAUUCUGUGAAAAUUUAGAACAAAACAAAGGCACCCUGAUAUAAUUCUUUACGCUAUAACGGGAAUUGAGAUAUACUGAAUGUGACAUGGCUGUCAAAUUUCAUAAAUUCAUUUGCACACUUCAACAUUUACAGAUACAUUUAUUCUCAUACAACACAGUCACACAUCCACAAAAACUAGUCCAACGUCAGCACCAGAUAGUUCACUUACCACCAGAGUUAAAUAAAUUAAUCCUUAAAAAACACACUAUUACCUUUCUUCCUUCCUUUUUAAAUCUCCAACACUACUUUCACAGAUUUUUUUUAAAACCCUGCAUUAUCUCUAUCCGAUUUUUAUGGGCCACAAAUAUUGUGAUAUGGCAAGGUUUCAUUGUACCAUUUGUGGUAUUUAAUUUGCUAAGUGAGUUUACAGUAGCAGAAUAGCUAUUUGGGAGAAAUACUAGACACAAGGGGUUUGAUUAUGUAGCCCAAUUGAGGGGCUAAGUCAUAUCGGUUAAAAUCAGAAUAUAAUCUGCUAUCGUUUCCUUAAAAUACACAUUUUGAUUUUUAAAAAUAAACCUAAAGAAGCUAUGAAACAAACAGGCUGGAUGUUCGUAUUUUAUUUUUUUGCUCCUUAAAUGUAAAACUGGCAACUUGUUUGAAAUGUACCCUACCUUGAAAUUCAAGGGAGUAUUUCAUUCUAAGAAAUGUGGUCUUAUACUUUUUAUAUUGCUUGAAUGUCAAUUAUUUCAUUCAUUAUGUACAAAAAUGUUAUUCUCAUUUAAUUAAUAUUUUACUACUAUUUAAAUAAAUAUUUAUGUUUGAAUGUUUCUUCCAUUAAUUUUAAAUAUUCACAAAUUAUUCAAGCUAAAUAUGUAUUUCUUGUGAAAAAAAAAACUAUUAAAAAAAAACAACAAAUAAAAUCAAUAUUUUUAGCAUUUCAUAGCCUGCUUAUUUAAAAAAAGCAUCCAUAUAUCAUAUACUGUGUUAUUGUCUAGUUGUAUAUAUGUGAAAUGUCUUUUUCAGAAACCACUCAGAAUCAUAUAUCCAUAUUUAUUUGUAACUUUUUUUUCAGAUUUAAGAUUCUAAAUAAAUAUUUUGAUUUUAUGCUCACUAUAAUGAAUUUUCAUCUGAUUAUCAAUUGAGGAAAUCUGAAUUUUGUUAACAUAAAGUAAAUUUGAUGAGCCCAAAAAUCUUUAGGCUCUUACAAAUUCAAAUUUAACUAUAGUUAGUGUCUCGAAUCAUUUUAAUGUUACUUUUCCAAAAUAGAUAAUGUUUCCUUGUUGGGAUAUUUUUCUGUGCACUCACAAAGUAAUGUUAUAAAACUAAUAUGCAUUUUAACUUGUCUGUACAUUUAAAGAGAGAGCUAGGUUCCCAUUUUCUCAGGCCAAAUCUGUUUGUAUGCUGGUGUCAAUUUCAUGGCUCAUUUUAAAUUCUAUAAAACUUAGUGCUUUUUUUCUCAAGAUAAUCUUGGUUACUUGAGAGUAGAAAAAGAUGGUCAAUGGGAGUCUGGAAGAGAUAUAUUUAUAUAAUGUGAUCAGCUUUUGAGUGUGCAACUCAAAUAUUUGGGAUGAAUAAGACUUUCGAUUUAAAGGAUUGUGUGAUUUUUUUUUUUUACAUUUUAAAAAUUGUUGUACAGUGUACAUAAAUAUAUAUAAUAUAUAAUAUAAACUAUUAAAUUAAAAGGUAAAACAAAACAAUUUCUAAAAAUAAGUACCCACUUUUUGCAUUAAUUGAAGAGGAAAAGGGGGGAAUUAUUUACUAGACACUGCUGAACUGUCACCAUCUUUUUCAAAAAGCAAGAAUACGAUUCAUUUUUUUUUUUUUUUGGACAGAUUAAAAGCGUUUGAAAGAAUUAUAUGAAUAUCAAACAUUGUCUAUUUAAAGUUAAUCAAAUGUUGGUAAUAAAAGGAAAAUAAAUCGGAGCAGGGAAAAACAAUUUUUAUGAGGUGUCAUUUAAUAAAAACUGAUAGGCAUAUUUUAUGAUGAAAUAACAUCAGAAAUGUCUAUGUUUAAUGAACUGAACUGAUUGAGCUUUGAAUUCAAUUAUUUUUGUUUUUCUGUGUUUGUCACAUUUAUUUGGAUUUAUUCUAACUUUAAGUUAUAUGCUUUAAAAAAAUGUUGUUUUUUUUUUACAUAUUUGUUCUUAAGUCAACCCUUAUACAAUUAUGUGAACUAAGAAGUAAUAUAUUAUUUUAUAGCAAGGUUUCCCAACCUUUUAUAUAUUCUUCACCCCCUACAAAAUUUUUAAUUACCGGUACCAUAUUGCAAUUCACUACAAAAAGUAACAAUGCCUUUUAAAAUUUGUAAGAUAAUGCACCUUUAUAAAAAUGAUUGAAAUCGCAUAGUACUGAUAAUGCAGGACUUAACAAAAAUAAUACGUAAACUGGGGACUUAUUCCAUAAAGUAAAAUGUUAUUGAAAACAUUGACUAAUAAAUAAAUCUUUAUUUUUAAAACUUUCAAAUGUCCCUGAGGUUGCUAGCAUCCCGGUUUGGGAAACCCUGUUUUAGGGGUUAUUGUUACUAAUUUGGAUCACAAUGUUUUUAUCUUUUAUUAAUAUUUUUGAUGACAUCAAAAAAAAAAAUUAUUGUUAAGAUGGUAAUUUGAUUUUUUAAUUUUUUUUUAUGCAUUGCUUCUUCCUGUCACAACUGCCACAGGUGUUAAGAUCAUUGACAUAGUUUCAUUGUAUCAUUAUUAAGUGGAAAUUGCUUGCUGGGGAGGGGGCAGGGUGGAAUGUGUAUUAAGAGACUUCUAACAAUGCUUUACAUAUUAUAAAAAUGUUUGUAAAAACUUCAAAUUUAAACCUGUGUUACCAUAAUAAAAUAAUCAAGGGAUGUAACACAAUUUAAGAUGUAGUCAGGUAGUUAAUCCCCCUAAUUAACAACUUUCAGCUAUUGGUUGCUCUUUGAUCAUAACUGCAUGCGCAUUUACAUUCUUAUGUAGGGUGCUCACUGGAGAGUAGCAUUUCAUUCAGUUUUGGAACAGGAUGUUUCCAUUGAAUCCUCCACUCAGUUUCACAAGUUAUGUUUUCACUAUAUCAUUGAAUUGUAGGAAUCUUUUCUUUCCUUAAGGCUGCUGUGAUUAACACAGAAGUCCCAGGGUCACUAACAUACAUCUCUCCAUGAAACAAAGGGCUAAUUCUUCCCCCAACCUAAGAUGAACUUGUGGUGUUAUGAACUUUUGAUUUCAUGAAACCCCCCCCCCAACUGUAACUUAAAUGAGCCAAAUAAACUUAGUUACUGUAACUUCAGUGUUGGUUUGUUUUUCUUUCUCUAAAUGUUACUCUACUGCUCCAUUUUUCUCAGAUGGUUUGACUUAAAAAAUUGCCAGCAUGUGGGUCAGGAGUUCCUCACGCUUACUUUGGUCCAUCUUGAGUAAAGUCAUGAUUAGGUUUACAUUGACAGUUUUAAACAUCUUUCAUAUCAGAGGCAGCCUGAGAAAACAUAAUAAAGAACUUUGUUCAAACAUCAGUAGUGAACCAAUGUGUAACACACAAAACGGCUCAUAUGUGGUGUGUCUGUUAUUUACUUAUAAAUUUUUUUUUUGUUAAGUUCAACAAGGGUGGGGGG